AUGAAAGGUUCGGUUCUUGUUGCAAUUGCUGCUUCCAUCGGGAAUUUUCUCCAGGGUUGGGAUAAUGCUACCAUUGCUGGUUCGAUUCUUUACAUUAAGAAAGACCUUGCUUUGCAAACAACUAUGGAAGGGCUUGUGGUGGCCAUGUCGCUAAUUGGAGCUACUGUCAUUACGACUUGCUCUGGUCCCAUCUCAGAUUGGCUUGGUCGGAGACCAAUGCUGCUUGAUGGAUUUGGUAUUGGCCUUGCCGUAACUCUUGUUCCGGUUUAUAUAUCGGAGACUGCUCCCUCCGAUAUAAGGGGGUCGUUGAAUACACUUCCCCAGUUCAGUGGUUCUGGAGGAAUGUUUUUAUCAUAUUGUAUGGUUUUUGUGAUGUCAUUGAGUGCCUCGCCUAGCUGGAGAGUAAUGCUCGGGGUUCUCACUAUUCCUUCUCUCUUCUUUUUUAUAUUGACAUUAUUCUUCUUGCCCGAGUCUCCUCGAUGGCUCGUGAGUAAAGGAAAGAUGCUAGAAGCUAAAAAGGUUCUCCAACGAUUACGUGGCCAGGAAGAUGUGUCAGGCGAGAUGGCAUUGCUGGUUGAAGGUCUCGGGAUUGGAGGUGAUGCAUCUAUAGAAGAGUACAUACUCAUGAUAUUUUGCAAACCAAAGAAAUUGUGA